ACACAAAUUCCAGGCUUGCCAUGCGGUUGCCAUGGAGCCCAAUGCGGGCGUGCAGAAGCAGCCUAGCGGGUCGAGCUGGGAGAAUGCGCUUCAGUCGUUGCCGGCUCCGCCACAGGACUGGGUUGCGCAGGUGCACGGCCAGCUGGCUGGCCUGGCGGAAAUUGUGGACGCCAUCAACUCGCAGAGGCGCCGGCCCCUUCGCUUUGCCACGCCCUGCGCCGGCUUCGAGGCGCCGUACUUUGCUUUGCGGCAGCUUGGCAUCCAAAACUUCGAGCAAACCUUCGUGGUGGAUGUCGCUUCUCAUGCCUCAAAGUUCUGCCGAAACAUGCGGCAUGCCAAGAAGACGUGGCUGGGCCCAGCGGAGGGGGACCUCCUGCGCCUGGACUUGUCGCACUUCCCCUCUGCGGACAUUUUGGUCGCAGGGCCGCCUUGCCCGCCUUGGUCCAAGCAGGGCACCAGGCGGUGCAGCAAGGACCCGCGGGCGGAGGUCUUUUGGCGGGUGAUCGAGCUGAUCGCAGAGCUGGCGGGCCGAUUGGGGGACGAUGCUUUGAGGUGCUUUAUUCUUGAGAACGUGGAGGGCAUCAAGAUGGAGGACUCGCACGGCUCCCGGGGCAUCGACGAGGUCAUGAGGCGGCUGCGAGCGGCAGCCCCGGCCUUCAAAAUCCGGGUCUACGACAUGAACUCCCAGGACUACUCCCUGCCGCAGAGUCGGGCUCGUGUCUACAUUGUUGGCGUGCACCGGUCGCUGGAAGUGCGGGGCCGAUCCUUUUGCACACCGCCCAAGCAUGCCGUGUGCCCACGGCUGGAGGAGUGGCUGGUGCCCAUGGGCAAAGUCCCCGAGGGCUUUUUGCAGGUGCCUGAGCGCCUUAGGGACAAGAAGCGGAAGUGGGCUGCUUGGGAACCCAACUGGAAGGUCGCCUGCGCGGACAUUGACCGGGAUGUGGACAGUGGCUUCAGCAAGCUGCGCUUCGAUGGCCUGCUUGGGACUAUCACGGCGCAGUUUAGGAGUUGGCUUUGGAUCCGGCAGAGCGCCCAGGAGGGUGUGCGCGUCAGCCAGAGGUCAGUGAUGCCGGUGGAGCUUUUGCACUUGCAAGGCUUCCCAGCGAGGAAACUCGUUUUCGCACGCAGGGACCCUCUGCUGGCAAAAGCCCUGCAGGGCUUGAGCGACAAGGAGGUGGUCCUUGGAGCGGGCAAUGCCAUGAGCGUGCCGGUCAUCGGCUCCGUCCUCGCCGACAUCUUCGUCAAGACCCUGGUGGGCAGGCUGGACGCGGCCACGGAGGUCUCGGAUUCCGAAGACUUGGAGGAUGGGCCAGAUGUGGCCACCAGCUUCCCACGGUUCAAGUGCGGGUGCUGGCUCCACCUCAGGACCUUACCAUCGGGGCCGGAGGCGCCCGCCGGGGCGGUGUCGGUGCAUUCGGGCCGGCGCAGCGAGAAGCUUCUCUUGGGCCGGGACCCGCGGAGGGCAGCUGGGCUGCUGGAGGCAGAGCAGGCGCAGGAGGCGUCAGUCAUCAGCAGGGUCCAUGCAGAGAUCAUUCCAGGGCAGAAGCCAGGAGAGGCUUAUUUGCGAGACCUGGGCAGCACCAACGGCUCUUGGGUUGUUGGCCGCGGCCGCGUUUCACCCGACGAUGUCGAGGGUGAGGCCCUGGCAUCCGGGGACGCCAUCUCUUUGGGCGUCGACCCAGUGACUUGGCAAGGCGCGGAGGGCUCUCGGGACUUCCGCUUCCUCUUCUUCGUGGAGAUGCCGGCGAGAUCCCUUCCGGCCGUGGGCGCGGUCGCGCCCAAGGCCGGAAGCCCCGGCCCAAAGGUGGCUGCGGGAAGCCCGGCCUCCGAGCCGGAACCGGAGGAGGAGCUGCCCACAGCGGCGGCGGUAAUUGCCGCACUGGACGAGGAGGAGCAGCAAAACGUUGUGUGGUCGAGACGUGUGUGCGCCUUCCUUGCUUCAAGCGUCGUGAUGCUCGAAUGGCUCUUGCAGCUUUGCGUCAUACCAGGCCUCUUCAAGAAGGAAGCCAUGCAGGCAACCAGGUCGGAGCGGCGGGUCAUGGUGGCGGAUGAGGUCCAGGAGUACAUCGAGGUGGACCUCCACUUCUCCGCCCCAGUCUACGUGAACAGCUGCCAACAGCGCCAGGCCAUGUACGUGGCGGAGGCCCUGCGCUGCGCCUCCUGCCCAGCGGCUUGCACGCUGAGCGCGGCCUUCAGUCGCUUCCCCUACGUGCCGGAUUUGCUGCCGAAGCUGCAAUCGGAGCCCGAGUGCAUUUGUGGCAUCAGCUACGAGGAGAUGCAGCUGAGGGUCCAGGCCUGGCCGGGGGACCAGGGCUUCGCCACGCUCACGGACCGAAGGCCCGCCUUCAUCCACGGCGUCGCGGACUCGCGGGAGAUGUACGGCGCGGCGAUUUGGAAGUUUGACGCCCUGCUGGCCAACAUCAAGUGCCCCAACGAGGCGAACAUGACCCCGGCCUUGGCGCGGAUCCGGCGCUUCGGUCUCAACGGGCCGCCGCUGGACAACUCCCUGCUGUGGCUCAGAAGAGUGGAGACGGCCUUUGGGGUUGAGGACAUUGACCGGUUGCUGGGCAACGCCUCCAAGUCCUACAGCAGCCGGCGGGCAGUGUUUCUGCUGCCGCUCCGGCGCACGCGGAACGGCCGCACCCGCCAGCUGGGGCUGACCUUGGAGGAGCUGGCCCCAUGCCGCCUGGAGCUGCCCUUCCUGGUGGGUCCCAACGGAGAGCCGGCAGAGAGCGUGCCGAGCAUCGGGGCGAUCGAGGAGAAGAGGUGGCCCUGCAAGACAGAGGAGGUGGACGCAGUGCACCGGCAGAUGAAGGCGGUCAUGGAGAAGGUGAAAACCGCAGGCCGUCAGACGGGUCACUGCGUGUCGGACUGGCGGACGACGUUUCCGGCCCGAGGGAGUGGAGGGCCUGGAGGGACGUCGGGGCAAGGCUACGUGUGGGGAGUUGAGACGGGGCAGAACCAGUCGUAUCAAUACUCCCCGUACACGGACACGCUGGACCAGCGCCACCGCAAGGUGGGGGUUUUGGCGUAUCGCCGGGACUUUGUGGAUCCCAGGAUGGAGGAUGGCAUGCCCUGCAACGUGUACCGCUGGCAGCUGCGGCUGCGUGCGCAUAACAUGCGGGAGCGCUCCGUAGCAUACACGGCGACGGACGCGGUCAACGGGUGCUGGACCAUCAUGGAGCACAGCCUGAGGUUUCAGACGCGCAGCGUGCUGGUGGACUCGCAGAGCUGUACAAGGGACCCUGAGGACAACGCCUUCUUUUUCGACCCUUGUUGCAACCUGCAGAGGCUACGGCGCCUCGGUGGCAUAAUCCAGAAACAACUGUGA